AUGGCACCUCACGGCACACCCAAAGACGAAGGAUCUCAGGAGCCGCCUCCAAUUACUCCAGGCGGGACAUACAGCCUUCAGGCAAGUACUGUCUCUGUGGGGUGCAAAAUCUACAUUCGUCGCCAGAAUCCCGAUGGCGAGACCGAGGAACGACUCGCUGAAAUCUUGUCUAUACGUGAUAAGCCAACAAAUGCAUACGGUGUGCGCGGUGUCAAGCAGGAGGACUCUCACAACCCUGCCGACCGGCUCGAAUUCUUUGUUCACUGGGACCAGUUCAACAAGCGUUUAGACGAGUGGGUGCCAGGCUCCCGCCUCAUCAUCAGCAGAGACCUUGAGUGGCCCCGUCCAAAAACAGGCCCAGCGAGCAAGAAAACUAUCGGAAAGAAGGCGCCUGGCAAGGGCCGCGGGCAGUCACUGCUGAAGAAGGCGGCUACCAAUGCACUUUCUGCAGCUGCUUCAAUAAGAUCUGAAGUUGGCACUCCUGUUCCGGGAACCCCUACCCCUUCUGGUGCGCCUAGUCCUUCUCCAGCUCCCAGCCUAUCGUUAAAGCGGAAAACCCCGCAUGACGAGGAUGAGGAUGAGGAAGAAGACUCAGAUGCGGACGCAGACGGCGAGAUGGACGUGGAUGCUGAAGGUGAAAUACUUGACUUAGAUGCAAAUGAAACUCCACCUCCGCCUCCGCCUGUCUCCUCAUUCAGCAAGGAACAAGAAAUCGAGAAAUUGCGAACAUCCGGAUCUAUGACGCAGUCGAUUUCGGAAAUCGCGCGAGUCAAGAAUCUAAAUCGACUGCAGAUUGGACGACACGAAAUCGAUGCCUGGUAUUUCAGUCCAUAUCCGCAAGAGUAUGCUCAUCUCCCCAUUCUCUACAUUUGCGAAUUCUGCUUGUCCUACUUUGGUUCUCCUUUCAUGCUGUCUCGCCACCGGCGAAGAUGCAACUUGCUUCAUCCUCCCGGUAACGAAAUCUAUCGACACGAGAAUAUCUCCUUCUUUGAGCUAGACGGCAAGCGACAACUCGCGUGGUGUCGUAAUCUGAGCCUAUUGUCCAAAUGCUUUCUUGAUCAUAAAACCCUGUAUUAUGAUGUUACACCAUUUCUAUACUAUGUCAUGUGUUUCCGAGAUUCUACAGGUUGCCACAUUAUCGGCUACUUCUCGAAGGAGAAGGAGUCCGCGGACAACUACAACGUCGCUUGUAUCCUGACACUACCGCAGCAUCAGAGGCACGGGUACGGAAAAAUUCUCAUUGAAUUCUCCUAUGAACUCAGCAAGAAGGAAGGCAAGCUCGGUAGCCCGGAGAAACCGCUGAGUGAUCUGGGGCUUCUGGGGUAUCGCGCAUACUGGGCAGAAACCAUAAUCGAGCUGCUACUGAAUACUACGGACGACAUCAGCAUCGAUGACAUUGCGCAGAAGACAUCAAUCACCCAUGCGGACGUGAUGAAUACGUGA